CAGGUGUCAAGGGGUCGAGUUCAGCACCUGGGAAAGCACUUGGUGGAAGACAUGGGGCAAGCAAGCACGAGCACGCAAGAUGGCGAGGAAAUGGACAUCAUAACUCUGCAGGCGAUGUACAGAAAAUUCGUAACGGAGUGUCCUAGCGGUGUUUUAUUUUUGCACGAGUUCAAAAAGUUUUUUCAAAUAGAUCCGACAGGGGAAGCCUCGGACUAUGCAGAAAACAUUUUUCGAGCGUUUGACAAGAAUGGGGAUGAGACCAUAGAUUUUUUGGAAUUUGUAGCAGCCUUGAAUAUCGCCUUCAGAGGAAGUUUAGAGCACAGAUUGAGGUGGUCAUUUAAAGUGUACGAUAAGGAUGGAAACGGAUACGUCGACAGACGUGAGCUCCAGGAAAUCGUUGAUUCGAUUUGCAGGAUACAGCAGAGCUGCAGAAGCAAUCCUGAUUGCCAAGCGCUCUCGGUCGAAGAGAUCUCCGAAAGAAUACUUAAAGUCGUAGACUCAGAUGGAGAUGGACAAAUUACUCUGGAAGAAUUCCUUGAAGGUGCACAGAGGGAUGAAUGGGUGAAGAACAUGCUGAAGCUGGACAUGAACCCUUACGCCUGGGUUUUGCAGCAAAGGCGAAAAAGUUCAAAUUUUUGAAGUAAACCUCCAAAUCGUGUCUCCCAAAUGAAGCACCCAACUCUGACACUAGGACGGAGAGAAAUGGUGCUUGUGGAGUUUCAAAAAAAAUUCAAACCACACUAAUGCCAGCUCUUGCUGGGAGGUUUGGUCAGCAGGGAUAUCACCCCAAAAUAGGCCAGAGACAGAAACUUUAUUUGAAACUGGCUUUUGCCACUGGUUAAAAUUACUAACCAUAUUUUUGCCAACAAUCACCAAAAAAA